AUGAGGAUCAUUUUCAGCGGACGCUACCAAAUCCAAAUAAAUAACGAAAUUAUAUCUGCUUGGUUCCCUCAGGUGGCACACUGGCGCAAGAUCGAUGGAAAUGGCCUCGUAUACAAUCUCCAAUCUCGCAUCCAAACUCGUUAUGGCAUAACGAAUCACCAGAUUACCAAGACGCUGUACGAUUUCCUCAACGAACUUGCACGAUACCGAGGUCUUGACGAAGAACAAACGCAAACGUGCGUACUUCAAGUCCUGUUGGCCCAGUUGCGGACGGGCGCCAAGAGUCGCUGGCACACCGACGGUCUCCGAGACUCACGCCACACUUUCAUCAUCUUAGCGUAUCUGGCGUCGGCAUACGAGUCUGAUCUGCUGGCUGAAACGCUCGCGCAAUUCGGCAUCGAGGGCAUGCGACAGAUACAGAAGGAAAUACCGAAACACCUCAGGGACUGGCAUAAAGCUGCGGAAAAGAUUCGAGAGGUCAUGGAAGGGACUAGGACGAUGGAUCUGGAGCCCUUCGCCAUCAUGCCAUACGCUGGCUUUCACCGUGGUCGGUCUCCCCGAGCCUUGCCAUGGCCCGGCCACAGGGCGCGGUCACUGCCUGCCAUACGACGUCGCCACAGCCCAGAUAUGAGCCUCGCCAUCCCAACGUACCCAAGCUCUGGUUGGGCCUCCCCGAUGAUGUCGCCCGUCGGAUAUCCGGGAGGCGAUUACUUCGACGAGCUUCAGAACCUCCAGUGGCAGCAAAGCGAGAUGGGCAUGAAGUUGGACAGUGUUGACGGGAAACUGGAUGUUCUACUUGGUGAGUUUGGGUAUGGAUAUUAUUGA